AUGCAGGAGAAGAUUGCAGAGCGCGCCGACCACGGCAUCUGGUUCCCCGAGGGCGGCACCAAGGCGUGGCUUGCCGUGGCGGGCUCGUGGGCAUGCAGCUUCAUUACCUUCGGCCUGGCGAACAGCUACGGCGUGAUGCAGGCGCAGUACGCGCAGGACGUGCUGCGCGACAAGAGCACGAGCCAGAUCGCAUGGAUCGGCGCCUUUCAGUACUUUGGCAUCUUCUCCACCGGCAUCAUCACGGGGCGCGCGUUUGACGUCGGGCUGUACCUGCCGCUCUUCACGUUCGGCGCGUUGCUGCUCAUGAUGCUCUCUAUCUCGACUCAGUACUGGCAGAUCUUCCUCUCGCAGGGGCUCGGGCUCGGCAUGGGCAUGGGCAUCGUCUUCAACCUCAGCGUCGCCGUGCCGUCGCACCACUUCCAGCGGCGCCGCGCCUCUGCCCUCGGCGUCACCGCCAGCGGCUCGUCGGCCGGCGGCAUCUGCCUGCCCAUCAUGAUCCGACGCCUCACGCCCGUGCUCGGCUUUGCCUGGACGCAGCGCGUCGUCGGCUUCCUGGCGCUCGGUCUGCUCGUCUUUGCCUGGCUGACGAUGAGCACGCGCCUCGAGCCCGUCGUCUCGUACAAGAACGGCGGCUGGCGCAAGCUGCGCUUCAUCGAGCUCGAGCACUUCAAGGUGCCCGCGUACAGCUUGUUCUGCAUCGGCGCCACCCUCAUCCUGUUCGGCCUCUACUUCCCCUUCGCCUAUAUGGACGUGGCGACGGAGACGUACGGCAUUCCCGCAACGGGCUACUGGCUCUCGGUGCUGAACGGCGCCUCCGUCUUCGGGCGCAUCCUGCCAGGCUUCGCGGCCGACCGCUGGGGCCGCAUGAACACCCUCGUGCCACACCUGGCCAUCGCCUCGGUGCUGCUCUUCGUGUUCCCAGUCUGCAUCCGGUCGCUCGGGGGCAUCAUCCCAUUUGCGAUCAUCUACGGCUUCACGACGGGCCUGUACGUGUCCAUCAUCCCCUCUGCCGUCGGGCAACUCGGCAGCACCAACUCGUUCGGCACGCGCAUGGGCCAGCUCUUCUGUCUGAUGAGCAUCGGCGGCCUCUUCGGCACGCCGAUCACCGGCCAGCUGCUCGGCACCGUGGCGCCGCUGCAGUGGUGGCAUGCCACGGCGUUCGCCGGCGCGACAUGCACCGUCGGCACGGCGUGCAUCGCCCUCUCGCGUUCGCUUGCCCUGUCGCAAGGGUCUGGCCCGCGGUUACGCUUCCGCGGCAAGAUCUGA